AUGGCGGCGGGUCCGGGAGGAGGCGGUUGCGCGCGCCGCGGGCGGUGGGGCCGGGGCUGCCCCGUGCGUGGGCUCCUGUCCGGGGCGCUGCUGCUGCUGCUGCUGGCGUCCGGGCUGCGGCGCGGGGCCGCCGAGCUCACCGACGGGAACAACGAGCACCUGAAGCGGGAGCACUCGCUGACCAAACCCUACCAGGGGGUUGGCUCCAGUUCAAUGCCUCUCUGGGACUUCCAGGGGAGCACGAUGCUCACCAGCCAGUAUGUCCGCCUGACUCCCGAUGAGCGCAGCAAAGAGGGCUCCAUCUGGAACCGUGUGCCCUGUUUCCUCAAAGACUGGGAGCUCCAUGUCCACUUCAAGAUCCAUGGAGCAGGCAAGAAGAACCUGCACGGGGAUGGCUUUGCCCUGUGGUACACCCGGGAGCGCCUCAUGUCAGGCCCUGUGUUUGGGAGCAAGGAUAACUUCCAUGGCUUGGCCAUUUUCCUGGACACAUACCCCAAUGAUGAAGCAACAGAUCGAGUGUUCCCGUAUAUUUCUGCCAUGGUGAACAACGGCUCCCUGGCCUAUGAUCACAGUAAGGAUGGGCGCUGGACAGAGCUAGCAGGCUGCACAGCUGAUCUUCGAAAUCAGAACCAUGACACUUUCCUGGCAGUUCGUUACUCCAGGGGCCGGCUGACGGUGAUGACCGAUGUGGAGGACAAGAAUGAGUGGAAGAACUGCAUUGAUGUUGCAGGAGUCCGACUGCCCACUGGCUACUUCUUUGGGGCUUCUGCUGGCACAGGGGACCUGUCUGACAAUCAUGACAUCAUCUCAAUGAAGCUGUUUCAGCUGAUGGUAGAGCAUCCACCAGAGGAAGAGAACAUUGACUGGACAAAGAUUGAGCCCAGUGUCAGCCUCCUUAAGUCACCAAAAGACAAUGUGGAUGACCCGACAGGAAAUUUCCGAAGUGGGCCCCUGACUGGCUGGAAGGUGUUCCUGCUGCUGCUCUGUGCCCUGCUGGGCAUCAUCGUGUGUGCUGUGGUGGGGGCUGUGGUCUUCCAGAGACGGCAGGAAAGGAACAAGCGUUUUUACUAGUGGAGACACUGGCCUGGCCCCAAAUGUGAUUUUUUUCUAUGGGGGAUUGUACAAAACUUUGGUUUCUAAAAAGCUGUUUUUGGAGAAAUAACAGGAGUAUUUUGGUAUCUUG